AUCAUCUUUUCUCUUCCAAACGCUCAUCAUCUUCUCUCUUCCGAACACUCACAUCUGAUUUCUACCGUAAAUCUCUAUCCUUAUUUUACAGUUUUACUUUUCUCGCUUUCUAUAUAUACACACACUCUUCUUGCUUUACUUAGGUCCUCCUCCUCUUUCUCUUGCAUUGCCUUCAUUUUCUUUUCCGAGAAACAGAGAGAGAAAGAGAAAAGCAUGGGUCGCGGCGUUAGCGCUGGUGGCGGACAGAGCUCAUUGGGCUACCUAUUUGGUAAUGGGGAGACUCCUAACAAUGCAUCAGCUGCUAAAACUGAGGGACAAGCUUCAACCAAUUCUAGCCCUUCUCAGAAACCUGCCAUAGCUUCUUCUCCGACAAUUGAUAAGCAAACUCCAGCAGGCGUCCGUGGAUAUCUUAAAAAUAAUUACUAUCGAGCGGAUGGCCAGAACUGUGGCAACUUUAUAACGGAUCGGCCAUCCACCAAAGUUCAUGCUGCCCCUGGUGGUCGAUCUUCUCUUGGUUAUCUCUUUGGUGGGAAUGGGAACUAAUUUAUUAUCUACCAUGCGUAUUGUAUUGUUGUUGGUCUAGUGUUAACACAUGUUGUAGCAAUCUCUGCUGUGGAAAUUCUGGAAAUUAAAUGAUCAUCGUGCAAUAUUGAGUGGAGCCAGUAGCUGUUUGCUUGGGACGUGAUCCAUUGUUUUUACUGGUGUAGUAUUAAUUUGUGGAAGUUAUUGACAAUGCAAAGUGUAUAAUAAUGCAGAAGUUCCAUUGUUGAUUUGGUGUUUGAA